CUUUGUUUUGUAAGUGGAGUCUUCUUCUGACACGUGACGCGUCCUGGACUAAUAUCCGUGACGUAGCAGGACAACAAAGAUGGCAGGAAUAGGAGGCAGCAGCUACUGGGAAGAUCUGCGUAAGCAGGCCAGACAGUUGGAGAAUGAACUCGACCUAAAGUUGGUCUCCUUCAGUAAACUGUGCACCAGCUACAGCAGCUCCAGGGAUGGACGUCGAGGAGACACGUCAGACACCACCCCUCUGCUAAACAACUCUACCCAAGACAGGAUGUUUGACACCAUGUCAGUGGAGAUCGAACAGCUGCUGGCCAAACUGACUGCAGUCAAUGACAAGAUGGCGGAGUACACCAACACCCCGGGUACGGCUUCUCUCAAUGCUGCGCUCAUGCACACGCUCCAGCGACACAGAGACAUCCUACAGGAUUACACACACGAAUUCCACAAAACCAAAGGCAACUUUUUGGCCAUCCGGGAACGGGAAGACCUGCUAGGGUCUGUGAGGAAAGACAUUGAAACAUACAAGAGUGGCUCCGGGGUCAACAACAGAAGAACAGAGCUGUUUCUAAAGGAGCAUGAGCAUAUGAGAAAUUCGGACCGACUGAUGGAUGACACAAUAAGAUACCAUCCAUCUCUCACUAGUCGCUGCUCCUUUCCCUCCCUGCAGACCGGCACAAAUGACAAAUAUGUUGCGUAGGAUUUACCCUCCAUCCCUCCAGGCUGUUCUCUCUCCCACCUACUGCCUUUUCCGUUUCCACUCCUUGCAUCUCGUAAGAAUUGGCUUGGACAGCGCUCUGAUUGGUGGAUUCUGUCUCUGAAAUGGUGGAUGAUGCUGUGUGAUAUUUCUACCUUCCCUUCCCCUAAUUGCUUAUUUUCCCCAACCCUAGUGCUUUUUUUCAACAGCCCUUCCCAAACUUUUUAACCCUAUAGCAUUGCAUUUAUGUAUCUUAUCUUAACCCCCUUAAUUUGGGAAUUGUCGCAACAUAUACAGUUGUUAAGGUUAGAUAUUGUGUAGAAUCUGAACUUCUCAUGUUGUUCUCUCCAGAUUAGGAUUUCCAUUAGACUACAGAUUUGGUCACAUCUGAAAUCCUAGCUAAAUGAUGAAUAAAUAAACGCAUAUAUUUCUCUAUCUGUAAUGUUAAACCAGUUAAAAGGUUUUCCUUUGGCUUGCUUCCUGUGUUUGCUUUGUUAGGGGUUAUUCAAAUGAAAAGCACACACUCAACCUUUCAAGACGUUAUUCAUGUCUGUGAAGUGUCCUCUUCCUGUGGUUACUCCUUUGACAACUUUGAUCCUAAUUUCCAUUUCCCUCUGGUGCACGUUUGAACAAAAUCAACCUUUUUAUUUUUAGUGUUAGACAGAUUAAUUGACAACUUGAGACCCAAUCACUGACUGAUCACGGACAGUGUGUGUGUGUGUGUGUGUG